AAGAAUACACUACAUGCAUAUAUUUGAAAGUUUAGUUUGUAUAAAUUUUUUAACUCAAAAACAUAUAAUUUUCAUAACAAAAAUAUUUUAAAUAUAAUUAACCCUAAAACCGGCUUGAGGAUUCUCAAGGACCCUUGAAUUGCUUGGUCGGUCUAUCUUGAUCUCUAUCCAUAUAUUUUAUGUUAUAUAUGAUAUGCGUGUACACACAUAUGCUAAAGCUAGUGUUGAUUUUAUUUAAGAUAAAAAUAUUAUAAUAAUACAGGCAAUAUACCUUCAGGUCAAGAGAAAUGAUAUUUAUUAUUACCCAUUGAAAAAGACUCAUUUGAUCAAGAGAGAAAAAGAAUCUAUCAUAUGAACCAAAAAAGCAUCUUUCUAUCUUUUCAAAUGCUUGCUUCCUUCAAAUCCUCUAGCUCCUCCUCCGAAGAUGCCACCGAGAAUCCUCCUCCUCCUCCGUUAUGCCUCGCCUCAUCUUCCGCCGCAACAUCCGCCGCUCAUCACCUCCGUCGUCUACUAUUCACAGCUGCGGAUUUCAUCUCUCAGUCCAACGUCUCCGCCGCUCAAAACAUACUCUCAAUCCUCACCUCAAACUCAUCCCCUUACGGCGACUCCACGGAGCGGCUCGUCCAUCUCUUCACGAAAGCCUUGUCCGUACGGAUCGGCUUGUCCGAAAAUGCUGCCACGUGGACAACGAACGAAAUGACUAGCUCCACGGUUUUUACGAGCAGUGUAUGCAAAGAACAGUUCUUGUUUCGAACCAAGAACAACAACAACUCUGAUCUCGAGUCUUGUUACUAUCUUUGGCUGAACCAACUAACGCCGUUUAUUCGGUUCAGCCAUUUAACGGCGAACCAAGCGAUCCUCGACGCGACGGAGACAAACAACGGUAACGGAGCUUUACAUAUACUUGACUUAGAUAUAUCACAAGGACUUCAAUGGCCUCCGUUGAUGCAAGCCCUAGCCGAGAGAUCAUCAUCAAACCCUAGCAGUACUCCACCUCCUUCCCUCCGCAUAACCGGAUGUGGUCGAGACGUAACCGUAUUAAACCGAACCGGAGAUCGGUUAACCCGGUUUGCUAACUCUCUAGGACUUCAGUUUCAGUUUCACACGCUUGUGAUCGCUGAAGAAGACCUCGCCGGACUUUUGCUACAGAUCAGAUUAUUAGCUCUCUCCGCCGUACAAGGAGAGUCCAUCGCCGUCAACUGCGUCCACUUCCUUCACAGAUUCUUUAACGACGACGGAGACAUGAUCGGUCACUUCCUGUCGGCGAUCAAGAGCUUAAACCCUAGAAUCGUGACAAUGGCGGAGAGAGAAGCGAACCAUGGAGAUCCUUCGUUCGUGAAUAGAUUCUCAGAGGCUUUAGAUCAUUUCAUGGCGAUAUUUGAUUCGUUGGAAGCCACUUUGCCGCCAAACAGCAGAGAGAGGCUAACCCUAGAGCAACGGUGGUUCGGUAUGGAGAUUUUGGAUGUUGUGGCGGCGGAAGCGGCGGAGAGAAAGCAAAGACAUCGGAGGUUUGAGGUUUGGGAGGAGAUGAUGAAGAGACAUGGCUUUGCUAACGUGCCAAUAGGAAGCUUUGCUUUCUCUCAAGCUAAGCUUCUGCUUAGACUCCAUUAUCCUUCAGAAGGUUAUAAUCUUCAGUUUCUCAACGAUUCUUUAUUUCUUGGAUGGAAAAAUCGUCUUCUCUUCUCCGUUUCAUCGUGGAAAUGAUUUAGUAGAGAGAGAGAAGCAACCUAAACUUAGGUUUAGUAGAGAGGAAAAUAUCUGAUAAUUUUUGGUGUUAGGGCAAACAAAAAAAUGAUUUACAGAUGACGUCGGAGGAAGGUGGCUCCGGCGAAGAUUGUCGACGGUGGAGGAAUCUUGGGAUGUGUGUCCUUUUUUUUUGUUUCUUGGGAAGCUGAAACAAAGAGACAACCUAAUCUUUUGUGUUCAACCUACUAAUAUCUAUUUUUUCAAACUCAAUCUUAGGUGUAUCGGUUUAACAUAUAUAAUCCCAUUUUGUCCCUUUUCUUUUUCAUUUUAUUUGAUUUUUUUAGUCGAUCCACUCGUAUAUUAGUUGCAUUUUAAGAUUUAUUAUAUGCAUCCACUUAUCAGAUCCAAAUGUAUUUUAUAUUUUUCUAUAUUAAUAUAUGAUGAUGAUGAUAAGUGUUUAUGGUAUUGUUCAAAAGAAAGGUUGUAAUGGUAGGUGAAAGUUAUAUAAACUAUUUGGUUGAAAUUGUCCGAUUUAAAUUAGUCACGUCAUAGUUAUAAAUUUAAAGACCUUAAAAUUUGUGGAAAUGGCCUUAUAUUUGGACUUAACCGGUUUAAUAAUAUAAUCAGCACGAAAGAGUUGUUAAUCUGUCUCUUCAAUCUUUUGAGAGAUUCCACUUUCGCAUGCUCUUUUUAAUCUGUUUUCUAAUUAUUUUAGAUAUAUAUGACCGCCCUCUUUGUUGCACAAGUCUAUGCCUCAGCUUUUUAAUAAAUUUUUCGAUUAGAAUGGAACAUUGUAGCUUUUACGACCCUUUAGUCAAUCCAAAAAGAUCAAAAUAUACUAGAAAAAAACUAUCAUCAAUCCGUCGUGCCUCCAAAAAGAACUCUAUAUGUGAAAUUUGAAGCAGUUGACCAUUCUGAGUUGACUUUAAUAUAUGUUUAGUACUAAGAUGGUUCCAAUACACAGCUCCUUAAUCAAGAGUCAAAAUGUUUUCGUUAAAAAGAAUAUAUUAAUAUUGAUGUAUGGAGUACAGAUAUUUUGGAUGUUUUUCAUUCAUACUUCUAUAAAAUUCCAAACCAUACUUUAAUGGUAUCUAUUCACAAUUUUACAUUUUCAAAAAGUAAAUUAAUUAUUUAUAGUACUCGUUAAGUUCUUACAUCGUUAUAUGUAGUUAACGUGUCAAAGAUAUAACUACAAAUAAAUCAAUAAAUAAUGAUUAAUUUACUAAUAAUAGUUUGCUCGCGUUUAAUAACACUGAAGAAUAAUACCACCGACUAUUUUUCCAAAUCUUCUCAUUUAUUCUUCAGAAUUUUUAUGGAUUAUAAGGACUUUGCGAUCAUGAUUUGCAUAAUGCACUUUUUGCUAUCCAAUUGUCUCCAAUAAUUAACCUUUUGUUGAAACCAUUGGUGUUAUUGGUGGAGAAGGUUAUGGAGCCGAGAUUGCUCUUGGUAACAAAAAGAGAGACCAUUCGAUCACUAGAUGAUUUCUCAUGAUGUGUAUGAACCUGUAUAAUGGAGUAUAUGGAAGUUGUUAUGGUGCAUUUCAUUGCGUUAUUUAGAAUGUACACCAGACGACCAAACCUAUGUGGGCUAUGGAUGUAAAUUAAGAUAAUGCAAAGUAUCAUCUUAACCAAGGUUAAAAGGCAUGCGUCUUAUGAUUUCAGUUUUGAUUGGCACAUAUUACAAAUCUGUUUGAAAACAUUUCUAUGUUUUGUUGAUCUAGCAACUUCUUAUUAAUAAUAAGACGAAACCAAGACACAUAAUCUUACCAAUUAAAGAUAGAUAUAAAUAUAUAAAUAAAAAUUUUAAAUGUUGAACUAUUCAUAAAAUAAAGUAAUACUAUAGUUUUAUCACUAGUUGUAUAGUCAUAUA